AUGGAAGUCCCUAAGAAUGCUAGCUGGAGCUUCAAAUACUUGCUGAAAAUUAGGCCUGAAGUUGCUCCCAUCUUUGUGGGUCAAGUCCAAGAGGUUAGCACGAGAUAUAUCUGGGACAAACUACGCUCCCCAGCACCCAAGGUUCCUUGGCACCACUUGGUCUGGUUCUCGGGACGUAUUCCCAAGCAUAGUAUUAUUGUCUGGAUGGCUAUACUAAACAGGCUACCUACUCGGGUAAGGCUCCUGCGUACGGGCUUAGCCAUAGAAACGGAUAAAUGUUUGUUGUGUUGUGAGGAGGCCGAGACAAAGGACCAUAUAUUCUUUGAGUGGCAAUUUGCUAAGGAGCUUUGGGGAUCCAUUCUUGAACUAUUUUGUAUCUCUCGUGAACCUUGUAGCUGGGAGGGUGAAUUGGCUUGGGCUUCCUUACUAUUUAAGGGUAAGUCCUUCAUUGUGGGAAUCCUUAAGCUUGCUUGGUCUAGGCACAUUUAUGGUAUAUGGAAGGAAAUGAAUGCAGAUUGUUUGGGAAUAGAGCAAGGUCGAAGGAAGAAGAGCUAG